CGCCUGUGAGGGAGAACAAUAUACUCCGCUCUGAUUGGCUGCUGGGAGGGGAGUGCAGCUGUGACGCCAGCGGUAGACAGUAAAGAUGGCAGCGGUGACCAGAGGCUCCUUCACUGUGUUCCGGCGGCUGCUGAGCCUGCAGGCUCGGAGCCGGUGUGUCCGGAGCUUCCGGCCUCAGCGCUCCGUGCAGCCGCUCUCCUUCAGGUGUGAGCGCAGCUUGCAGCUGUUCAGGACGCUGCACACUGCAACAGUGAGCCGAGGGCCGAUCGUUCAGUUCAAGCUAUCCGACAUCGGGGAGGGCAUCAUGGAGGUGACGGUGAAGGAGUGGUACGUGAAGGAGGGCGAUAAGGUGUCUCAGUUCGACAGCAUCUGCGAGGUGCAGAGCGACAAGGCGUCCGUCACAAUCACCAGCCGCUACGACGGCGUCAUCACCAAGCUGUACUACGAGGUGGACGCCACGGCGCUGGUGGGGAAACCGCUGGUGGACAUCGAAACCGAGUCCAGCUCCGAGGUGAUCCAGGAGGAGGACGUGGUGGAGACGCCGGCCAUGGCUCGAGAGGAGCACACUCACCAGGAGAUCAAAGGUCACAAGACGCAGGCGACCCCCGCUGUGCGCCGCCUCGCCAUGGAGAACAACAUUAAGCUCAGUGAGGUGAUCGGGACGGGUCGUGACGGACGGAUCCUGAAGGAGGACAUCCUGAACUUCCUGGCGAAGCAGACCGGUGCCAUUAUUGCCCCGACGCUGUUCCAAGAGAUCCAGCCUCCCCCCCCUGCUGCAGCCCGGCCCACCAGCCUCCCGGCAGCAAAACCUGCCCCUCUCAUCCCGACAGCCAUCCCCAGACCCGUGUUCACCGGGAAAGACGUCACGGAGCCGCUCAAAGGUUUCCACCGUGCGAUGGUGCGCACCAUGACGGCGGCGCUGCGGAUCCCUCACUUUGGGUACUGUGACGAGGUGGACCUGAGCCGGCUGGUGUCUCUGCGCACGGAGCUGAAGGCUCUGUGCGAGAGUAGGGGGGUCAGACUCAGCUACAUGCCCUUCUUCAUCAAGGCGGCUUCCCUCGGACUGCUUCACUUCCCCAUCCUCAACUCAUCGCUGGACGAGGGCUGCCAGAACAUCACCUACAAGGCGUCUCAUAACAUUGGGCUGGCGAUGGACACGAGUCAGGGUCUGCUGGUUCCCAACGUGAAGAACGUGCAGCAGCUCAGCGUCUUCGAGAUUGCUCAGGAGUUAAACCGGCUGCAGGCGCUCGGAAUCGCCGGCCAGCUGGGAACCAACGAGCUCACCGGAGGAACCUUCACGCUGUCCAACAUCGGAUCGAUCGGAGGGACGUACGCCAAACCCGUCAUUCUUCCUCCUGAGGUCGCCAUCGGAGCUCUAGGAAAAAUCCAGGUGCUGCCGAGGUUCGACGCCGCCGGUCAGGUGGUCCGGGCUCACAUCAUGAACGUCAGCUGGUCGGCGGAUCAUCGAAUCAUCGACGGCGCCACCAUGAGCCGGUUCUCCAACCUGUGGAGAGAGUACCUGGAGAACCCGGCCAGCAUGGUGCUGGACCUCAAAUAAACAGAGAGCAUUAUUUCCCAUCAGCCCCGGGGGCCUCCUUCCCGCCGCCUCGCCUCACCUUCCUGUCGGAGGCCUUCUUGUUCACUUGUUUCCUUGUUGCCUUUGAGCAGGGCGCCGGGGGAGGGGCCUGUCGAUCAUGUUGACGACGGCUCACUGACAGCUGGGGUUAAAGUCUGAACGUUAGCCGGUUUAGCAUCAAACCCACGACUUCAACACUAACACACUCGGGGAAUUCACAGAGGAGGCCUCUAAUGCUAAGCUAAUGCUAAGCUAACUGCUCUACUCCUGUGAAAUGUACACCUAUUAAAGUUUGGAAAUAUGCAGCUCUUUAUCUCCUUUGAAAAAACAGUUCAAUCCACACCGUAACAGGUUGGCUAUUUACAUACAAACGUGUGUAUAAACAUAGACAUGCAUGUACAAUCUGUACAUUUCUGACCCUGACAGCAGGUAUUGUAGCAGGUGAGGCUCAAACUGUAUUAUGGGGUGCAGUGAAAUUGAUAAAGCUCCUCUACAUAUCCGUUUCCAAUAUAUCAUUCAGAAUACAUUGAAGUAGGAAUCACUUCUAUCUGUUUCAUAAAUCCUGGGCUUCCUUUUCUAUUUGCAAUCAGACGCAAAACUGUGUGUCUGGCUGGGAUAUUAUUCAUCUCUUUAUUAGCACAGCUAUCGGCGGCCUCGGUCUCUCCUUUGUGAAUUCCCCUCUGUUUCUUUUUAGUGUUUCUGUAAAUUUAUAACAAAUCAUGUUUUUGUCAGUGCUGGAUCUGCUCCAGAAACUGUAAAUAAAUCAGCUGCUGAUCAGAGCAGUCCUGGUCCUCCUGUGUCCUCUGCUGAACGUGAUGCAGACUGUUACAGAGAUAUAUAUCCUAUACAUGAAUGUACAGGAUAUGUAUCUGGUUAGAUAUCAGCAGCGGACCCCCCCCUCUCUGCUGGACUUCCUGGUUGUCCCGGUGGCUGCUGGGUAAAAAGCACAUGGUUGGAUGUUACUUGUCUGUGUUCAAAAAAUAUUUCCUGUUUUCUGUGUUUUUAGCGAAAUGUAAAAGGUGUAAAAAAACGAUUAACUUUGGUUAUUUUCUAUAUUUCUUUGGGGUGCGUGUAGAUUAUUAUACUAAUGCAGUGUUGACCUGGUGAUGAACUUUAAAUAAAGCUGACGUGCACAAAC